AUGGCUGCUAUUGUCAAGGCGAUCAACGCAAAGAUCAGGUCCAACCCUGUGUCGGACUAUGUCUGCUCUACCCACUUCUGGGGCCCCGUCUCCAACUUCGGUAUCCCUCUGGCCGCUGUCAUGGACACCCAAAAGUCUCCCGACCUGAUUUCCGGCCAGAUGACGGGUGCUCUCUGCAUCUACUCUGCCACCUUCAUGCGCUACUCCCUUGCCGUCUCGCCCAAGAACUACCUCCUCUUCAUGUGCCACUUCAUCAACGAGGGCGCCCAGCUUACCCAGGGAUACCGUUAUAUGCAGUACAACUACUGGGGAGGAAAGGAGGCUUCCGCAACCAAGGAUGCGUUCGAGACUGUCCAGAAGAAGGCUGAUGCCAUCGAGGCUAAGGUCGAGACCAAGGUCAAGGAGGCUGUUGGCAAAUAA